AUCAUUCCUUCCCCAGAGUUUUUUUUUUUUUUUUUUUGGCUUUCGCUGCCCUCAAUCUCUGUGUAUUUUCGGUGGAUGAAAUUAAUCUCCAUUUCCAGAAGUGUUAAUCAUGUCCUCAUUAUCUGCUGAGAAUUCUGCACAAUCAAGUCAUUCUAAUAAUGCCUUAACCAUUCCAGAUAUCAUCAAUUCUAUCCCUGACUUGAUCCAUCUCCUCUCCAAAGCCAAGAACUCCAUUCCCCCACCCCCAUCACACACCAAUAGCGACGCCGCUGACGCUGCCACCACCCAUGGUAACAAUGCUGUUGGCAGCGGCCUUACUUCUCAGCCCGCCACUGAAAACAACGGUGCCAUUACCGCAGAUGUUUCCGAUGGCUCUGUUCCUCUGUCCACUGCGGCGACCACCACCAACGAUAGCACGAAUGUUGCCACUGGCUCUUUUCCCCAGUUAACUCCUGCCGCCUCCGGUGGCAACAGCAACAGCCAGAGCAGCAAAAACACCACAAUCGAUAGCAGAGAUGGCGAGAGGAAGGAAAUCGAUGGAAGCAGAUUUGGCGGGUGUUUGACGUUAGGGUUCUUCGAGAAGGACAAGGAGCAGAAUGAUUCAAGCAGCAAGAAAGACGACAAUGGUGCAAACAACAGUGGCAGCUACUCUCGUUACGAAGACUAUCAAAAACUGCACAAACAAUUGGAGAAGUUGGAGAAAGAUCUAAACUUUAUUCAAAUCGCCUUUAGCAAACUCAUAGAUCUGGAACUCAAUGUAAGUAAGCAAUUUAUGACUCUUCAAAAACAAGGUCAAAUACUUAAAAGCGUUGUCAGCUACAUACAGCAGACUCUGAAUGGGACAAAUGAUUUCCCAACCAAGCAAUUCCAUGCCAAUAUUAAGGCUAUUACUGAUAUGGUAAUGAAGCUGAAGCUUCAGAUCCCGUCACCCCAUAAGAUGACUUCGGCAACUGAAGGGCACCGGUAUAUAGAAGCAGUCAGUGGGCUUGAUGCCCGUAACUUGAUCGAUGAAAUGCUUCAACUACCUUCGAAUGAAAAAUUUCAAGGUUGUUCUGCUUUUAAGGAUUUUGAGGAAUGUUAUAACAGUCUUUGUCCAAGUUACAAGCUUUGUUUGCUGUGCUUUGCUGUGUUUCCGGAGGGUGCUGUUGUCAAGAAGAGGCUGUUAAUGUAUUGGUGGGUUGGAGAGGGUUUAAUAGAUCCUCAAGAUGAUGGGGAAAAGAAAACAAGCCAAAGUGAACCUUCCAAUGGCCAAAAUGAAGAGAAAAAAACAAACUUGGCGGAGGAAGUUGCUUAUAAGAUUUUGAAGAUAUUCAUGGGGAAGGGGUUCAUUGAGCCUGUUAUUAAGAAGUGGAGAUUGGUUGGAUUUAGAAUGCAUGCUUGGAUUCGUUAUGCAGUUAUUUCUCGCGCAAAGAAAGCUGGAUUCUUCAACUUUGAUCGAUUGGGGAAUCCCACUGCAGACUUCUCAUCAUGUCAAAGGGCUUGCUUAGUGAAAACUGAAGAGGGAUAUUCACAGCCGUUGUUAAUGAAAAAUAAUCAUAAUUUACAUAAAAGUACUCAUCCAGAACCAGAGAAACUACAACCACAGAAAUUGCGAACUUUGUUCAAUGUCAAUGAUCCUUAUCCUGAUUUUGAAGUGGAAUUGUUCUUGAUGAUGAAAAAUGUUAAUGUUCUUUGUCUGGGAAGGUGGGAUAACUCGUCCAAGAAGCACACAGAAGAUGAGGAGACUAAAAGGCACAUAGAAUUGGAGGGGAUAGAAUUCUUGAAGGGGUUGAAGAAUAUGAAGUAUCUGAAGUAUCUUAGCCUUCAAGGGGUCUCUAGAGUUGAUGUGCUUCCUGAUACCAUAUGGAACCUGCCCAAUUUGAGGAUUUUGGAUCUUAAUGCAUGCCACAAUCUGGAGGCGCUUCCAAAGAAGAUAGUGUCGCUCAAGAACCUCACGCACUUGGAUAUUUCUGAGUGCUACUUGCUAGAUUACAUGCCAAAGUGGCUCGGGUCACUCACAAAACUCCAAGUCCUUAAGGGAUUUGUAAUUAGUGACUUGAAAGUUAAAAAUUAUGGUACUCUUGAUGAUUUGGCAGGAUUGUUGAAGCUGAGGAAAUUGAGCAUCUACACGAAUAAGGAUGAUUUCCCUACAGUCGAUGACCUGAAUGCUCUCCAGCGUAUUACAGCACUUAGAAAGCUAACAAUGGUAUGGGGAGGGAAAUCUCUUGGCAAAGGUGGAUUUGGAGAAAUCAGGGACACUAGAUUGAAUCCAGAACUUCCAAAAGAUUUGGAGAAACUGGAUCUUCAGUGUUACCCAGGAACUGAAGCUCCCAGUUGGCUGAUGCCUAGCAAACUGAAGUGCCUUCAGAAACUCUACAUCAGAGGAGGGAAACUAUGUGGUCUGGGUCAAGCCCAGGGACGAAAUGAUAAAUGGAAAGUUAAAAUACUACGUGUCAAAUACUUGAGUGAUUUAAAAAUGGAUUGGAGAGAAUUGCGUGAUGCAUUUCCAGACUUGGUAUAUUUGGAGAAAGUUAAAUGCCCUAAUCUGACUUUCUUCCCCUGUGAUGAGAGUGGAUUGUGGCUCAACAGAAAAUUGUUGUCAGAUAAGAAGCUGUUGGAAGAACUAGAAUUCAGUUGGUCUUUCCUUGCUACUAGGCCUAUGUAAGUGAAACAUCUGUCUUUCAUUUCUGUCAAAUAUUGUUGAGUUGGAUUCCAUAUUUUUCAUCUUAAUAUGUGUUUCAAUGUGUUUAUUCCUGAGGUACUUUUUCCUGUGCGCAAUUUGUCCCCUUUUGUAGAUGGUUUUCUUUUGUUGCUCCAUAUCAUGUAGCAGAUCUCUCCAAGAUAAUUGUGUUUUUUGUUUGUGAUAAUUAACAUGACCAAGUAGUGUCAUAGUGAUAUUAUAUGUUGAUUUC